CUAAAAGCCCCUGUGAUAACCCUCUCGUUGAGACAUCAGAUAGAGUGUGCCAGGCUGAAUAAUGCUUCAGGCUCACUCAGGGUUGAAAUAUCAUUCUCCUUUUGACACUCGUUGGUGAAACUUGGAAAACCUUUACUCAAAGACUUGGAAAACAUUUACUCAAAGUCAUGGAAAAAUGGAUAAACAUGUUUUUUGGUGGGAAGAAGAGACGCCUUAUCCGGAAAGACCAGAGUCUUGAGAACCACCAGAGCUAUAAACGCCCUGGUUUGUUCAGCAGAAAGACCAGGAUCCUGGACCUGCAGGAGACUAAGACGGAGGCUCUUCUUUCUCAAACGCAGACCCUUUGUGCUGCUGAAGAAGCACGCACUAUGGCUGUUCUGGAGAGGCUCAAACUCCCUUCAAUUCAGCCAACAAAUGGCCCUAAAGAAAGGUCCCACAGAGGUCCCCAGAGGCUUCCUGUUAUUCAAGGUGUGAAGGAAGAUAUGGCGGAAGAUGAGGAGGAAGAUGAGGAGGAAGAUGAGGGGCAAGAUGAGGGGCAUCUUAGCAGAGAUUGGUCCUACAAUCGACUUGACAACCAUACCCCUGAUGAGCUGCGGGGUCUCCCACAGAUAACAAGUCCUGUUGAUGUGUCACCUCUUCAGUCACCUGUUGGUGUUCCUCCUGCAUUCAAACGACCAAACAGGGGAGUGUCUUGUAUCCCUGUGAUGAAGGCAAACCUCCAGGGAGCAAACAAAGAAACAGCUACGGGAAAAGUGGAAGCGAUUCAGAACUAUCUGAAGAAAUGGAAACCAGAAAUUCUCCCCCAUGCACCCCGACCACCGGUGGCUCCAAGAGCUAAAGGAGUAUCGAAAAAAUGUACUCCUACACCAAAGCCUUCUCCCUCGAACAAGGUGGAGUCUUCAGUGACACCUCUCCAUCCUUCUCCUCCUCCACAACCUGCCCCUCCAAAGGUGGCAAGGGCUCAACAGCAGUAUCGUCACCCUUCACGAGCAAUUAAAAGCAUAAAAAAAACUGCAAGUUUAUGCAAACUGCCAACAGCUGAUAAAAUCGAUCUGAAGGAGCUGGAACCUCUUUCCCACCCUGAAGAGGGUCUGCCCCUCUUCUUGGAAGUUGAGUCUUCAGUGACACCUCUCCAUCCUUCUCCUCCUCCACAACCUGCCCCUCCAAAGGUGGCAAGGGCUCCUCAGCAGCAGUAUCGUAACCAUCUACGGGCAAUUAAAGGCAUCAAAAAACCAGCAAGUGUAUGCAAACCGCCAACAGCUGAUGAAAUCAUACUGAAGGAGCUGAAACCUCUUUCCCACCCCGAAGAGGGUCUGCCCAUCUUCUUGGGUCUUCUCAGCUCGAACGUCUGGGAGGAGAAAGUAAAAGGACUGCAGAGUGUCCAAGCUCUGGCUCAGCAUCACCCAGACAUCUUGAAGAGCAAACUUCAUGAAGUGUGUUAUGCUGUGAUAGAGGAGGUUAAAAACCUACGCUCCUCCGUUGCCUCCGUCGCAGUAGACACCGUGGGUUAUCUGCACGUCUACCUGCAAAAGGACAUGGACCCUCUGGCAGACCAGACAGGCUCUGCUCUGUUGCGGAAAAUCGCACAGUCAUCUGCAAAUGCGUUCCUUCUGAAGCAGGCUAUUAAAGCCCUGGACUCCCUGGUGCUGAACUGCAGCCCGGGUCCAGUCUUAAACGUUCUGUUUGGGACAGGGUUAAGCCACCUGUGUGCAGCAGUGAGGGCUUGCACUGCAGAAAAGCUUCACAAGCUGGCUGCUGACCUGGGAGCGGCUGCAAUUAUGAAGUCAGGAAAAGCCUUUGCACAGAAGUUCCUGAUUGCUGUAAAUAAUAUGUCUGUUGAUGCUUCCGCUGAAGUCAGGCGCCAUGGACUUGCCAUCCUAGGAGAACUGGCUCUUCAGCCAAACUUCAGGCCACUCUGGGAAAACGUCGUCACUCAAAAAGAUAGACCUCUUCUCGAGAAGAUUCUAAAGAAAAUGCAGGAGUAGAGGAGGCGAUACAAGAAGAGUCACAUAAACAACAAAAAGACCAGAAUGUCUAAAAAAACAAAUAAAAUACAAAUCAUAAAAAUA